GUGGGUGCCAAUCAAAGCAUCAACUUCAAAUUGUAUCUGAAAGAUCAGCCGAGGACCUUAGGGCAGGCGCAUCAGUCGGAGCUCAAUUGUUGAUCAGAUCACAUCUAAGGGAUUUAGGAGCGCAGACGAGCCGAGAUUUGAGGGAAGACGCCCCACCGAGUUUACCCACACGCACUGCGGCCGCCGCCGCCGCCUCCUCUUCCUCCUCCUCCUCCUCUUUCCACCACCACCACCUCCUCCUCCCCCUCCUCCCCUCUUCCACAUGCAAAUUCUCCGAUCCGUCUGAGCGGGAGAAACGGGACCGAUCGCAGACCCAAAAAGAAAACGAACUCGGACGGGUCUUCUCUCUGCCUGCCCUGCCUGCCGCCCAAACCAGUCAGGAGAACCCGGCCUGGCCGCCUCUCCGCUCUCCGCCUGCUGCCCGCCUCGCUCCGCCGCCGACUCCUGGCUCGCUCUUGCCCCGUCGGUGGUGCGUCCGGUCCCUCCCUGCCCGCGCGCCCGGGAUGUCCUUCCCGCAGCUGGGCUACCCGCAGUACCUGAGCGCCAGCCAGGCCGUCUACGGCGGCAGCGACCGCCCGGGGGUGCUGGCCGCCGCGGCCGCCGCAGCAGCAGCCGCCGCCGCCUCAGGCCGUCCAGGAGGUGCUGAGCUGAGCAGCGGCUCCACCGCCGCCGUCACCUCAGUCCUGGGCAUGUACGCCGCCGCCGCCGCCGCCGGACCCUACAGCACGGCCAACUACAGCGCCUUCCUACCCUACACCGCCGACCUGACCCUCUUCUCGCAGAUGGGUUCCCAGUAUGAACUGAAGGACAACCCUGGAGUCCACCCUGCUACGUUUGCUGCUCACACCACACCUGGUUAUUAUCCUUAUGGGCAAUUCCAAUAUGGGGACCCAGGAAGACCUAAGAAUGCCACCCGAGAGAGCACCAGCACCUUAAAAGCCUGGCUGAAUGAACACCGCAAGAAUCCCUACCCAACCAAGGGUGAGAAGAUCAUGUUGGCCAUCAUCACUAAGAUGACCCUCACACAGGUUUCCACCUGGUUUGCCAAUGCCAGGAGGAGGCUGAAGAAGGAGAACAAGGUCACCUGGGGAUCCAGGAGCAAAGAUCAAGAUGAUGGCAAUCUCUUCGGAAGUGAUAAUGAGGGGGACCCUGAAAAAAAUGAAGACGAUGAAGAGAUUGACCUGGAGAGUAUUGACAUUGACAAAAUUGAUGAGAAUGAUGGAGAGCAGAGUAAUGAGGAAGAGGAAGAGAAAGUUGAGCUCUUGAGGCAAAGGAGAGAAGAUGUCCACUUGGAGAAAAACAAGAUCUUGCCAAUCCCAGGCACUGAAGGACUUAAACCCAAGGAAACCUUGCCAUUGGGCAAGGAGGCCUCAGAUAACCCUACUCGGAUCUUGAGCCCCAGCAGACAAAACCCCCUGCAAGGCCCAAUGCACAACAAGCCCAAGAUCUGGUCUUUGGCAGAGACUGCAACCAGUCCAGAUGGGGCCGUCAGCAAGCCAGCUCCUCCUUCACCUCCUGCCCAAGUGAACCACACUUCCCCCCAGCUCCAGCAUCCAGCUUUCCUACCCAGCCAUGGACUUUACACCUGCCAGAUUGGCAAGUUUCACAACUGGACAAAUGGGGCGUUUCUCACCCAAGGCUCCUUGCUAAAUGUGAGGUCCUUUUUGGGAGUUAGCCACCACCAAGCUGCCCAUCACAACCAUCACCUUCAAGCCCAGCAGCAACCUUCAGUGUUAACAGCACUCAGCACUGAAAAGCCUUCUGAGAGGACCAGCCCCAAACACAUAGAAAGAGAAAAUGUAGCAAGAACCGACUCUCCGCCUCAGCAGUUAAAAUCUCCCUUUCAGCCUGUUCGGGACAACUCUUUGACUCAGCAAGAGGGAACAUCGUGAAUUUUAACAACUCUCCCUUCUGCUUGAUUAAAUGUUUUUUGGGUUUUUGUUUUGUUUUGUUUUUUUUUAUUUUUAUUUUUUGCUGGAAAAGAAAAUUUCACAGACUGGUCUAAAGAACAAAACAAAAAUGGAAAUGAUUUAAAUGAUUCCUACCAAUCUCUUUUUGCAAUAAGGUAGUACCAAUUCAUUUAAGAAAAAAAUCUGGCCCUUUAACUGGACUCUCCCGGUUUUCAUUAUUCCAUUUUAAGAAAGUGUAAUUCUAACUUUGAUUGGGUAAAUUGUUUUUGCUAAAGGUUUCUCAUGUGAUUGUGUUAUUCUGUAUAUAAAGUGGUUUCAAAUUGUAAAUAGCGCCACAGCAAAAACUUGUCUAAAUCAUAUAUUUUUGCCUAAUAAACAAAAAUGAAAUUAUGACUUUGCCCUUUAUAAGUGACUUUUGGUUUUGCAUUUGGAAAACUCAAGGCUUUUAUUGUUUUCCAUCCAAUAUUAGUAGGGCUUUAAGCACUAAUCGUUUAGUUGAUAGAUUAAUUGACUAAAGCUUGGGUGACUAAUUAUGAAUAUAACAGAACGGGCACACUUUAAGUAAUUAGCCAAAAAACUGCCUAAAAAAAUAUUUAACAAAGA